CGCGGCCAACCGCCCCGCCCCCGCCGCGUGCUGAUUGGCUCAAACCGCCUCCGGGGCGACCAAUGGGAGGGCGAGGCGUAAAUUUAAAAAUAACAGCGUGGGGUGACUGCCGCUGUUGCUGAAACUCCGAGGGGCUUCAAGCGUUUAAAGUCGCCGAUUUACCACUAAGACGUCAGAUAGUUUACUACUUUUAUUACUUUUAUACACUCACGUACACCGUACGUUAGCUACGUAGCGACAGGACGUAAAGAUAGAGUCUGUAGCGAUUGGUUUAUACAACAUUGCAGUUGUGGAAGCGAGAAGACGUUUCACUUUGGAGGUUGGUUGGACCGACUGUAGAGGCCAUGCCACCCAAGAGAUCCACGCUCACCGCUCCCUCGGCCAACACUCACCACCAGCAGCAGCAGCAGCAGCAGAAGGCGAGGGGUAAGUGUGGCCCCCCCCAACUCAAGAGGCUCCCUCCGUCGCCGCAGGGAGCUGCUAAGAAGCGGUCAGCCCUGGGAGACAUCACCAACAAUAAGGAAGAGGUGGACGACGAGGUGGCGAGGAGACAGGCGAGGAAGGGGGCGAGCCGGAGAUGCGCAGGGGACGUCAUCGCGGAGAGUGUCUCCUCACGGGUGAAGUGGAUUGCGAGCGACCUGCUGUGCAGUCCUCCCGCCCGGCCCAAUGCCGUCACCGCGGAGGAGGGUGCAGUGGAGGAGGUGGCGGAGGAGGAGGAGGAGGAGGUGGUGGUGCUGGAGAGCAAGGAGGUGGUGAAGACGGUGAAGGUGGUGGAGGAGGUGGAGGUGGUGGUGGGGGAGGUGGUGGGAGAGGUGGGGGUCGAGGAGGAGCCUGGGAAAGGGGACCCCCUGCAGUGCUCUGAGUACGCACGAUCCGUGUUCCUCUACAUGAAACAGCGCGAGGAGAAAUUCUCGCUGUUGCCCUACAUGGAGCGCCAGGCGGACCUCAACGCCGAGAUGCGCGGCAUCCUCGUCGACUGGAUGGUGGAGGUGCAGGAGAACUUUCAGCUGAACCACGAGACGCUCUACCUGGCCGUCAAGUUGGUGGACCACUUCCUGAACGUGGCGGCAGUGCCACGUGAGAACCUCCAGCUGGUGGGCGCCACCUGUGUGUUCAUCGCCGCCAAGUUCGACGAGGUGUGUCCCCCCAGCGUGGACGACCUGCUCUUCAUCUGCGACGACGCCUACACCCACGUGGAGCUUGUGGGCACGGAGCGACGCAUCCUCCUCGCCCUGGACUACGACGUCAACAUCCCCGUCGCCUACCGCCCCCUCCGCAGAUACGCCAAGGUGUGCGGCGUGGACAUGAAGACGCUGACGCUGGCGCGCUACGCGUGCGAGUCCACGCUGGCUCACGUCGACUUCGUCUCCGAGGGGGCCUCUCGCCUGGCGGCAGCCUGCCUAGGCCUCGCCCUGCGCAUGAUGAGACUCCCGCCAUGGCCGGAGGCGCUGGCGCGGCACAGCGGGUACCAGGAGGCCGGCGUGCGGCCGCUGAUGGCGCGUCUCAACGAGCUGCUGCGGCAGGCGCCGGAGGAGAAACUCGUCGCCGUCUACAGCAAAUACUCCCACAAGGUCUUUUUCGAGGUGGCCAAGAUCCCCCCGCUGGCUCCGGAAGAGUUGAAGUAGCACCAGCGGUGUAGCAGCGUCACCAGCGGUGUAGCAGCGUCACCAGCGGUGUAGCAGCGUCACCAGCGGUGUAGCAGCGUCACCAUCGGUGUAGCAGCGUCACCAGCGGUGUAGCAGCGUCACCGCUGGUGCGUGGCGAAGCCGGCCACGAGGCCGACUCCCGCUCACGGCGAUUCCCUGAAGCGCCUCUGCCCAGUGCCGUUCACGCAAACGCCACUUGCCCCGUCGGCGCGCGGAGGCUACGCCGGGCGCCUGAGCUCCCUCGCCUGUACAUACCCUCGUCCGUCUUUAUACAUGUGUGUGCUGUGCGUGUGUCAGUGUGCGUGUGUGUGUGUACACUGUGUGUGUCAGCGUGCGUGUGUA